AUGAAACAACUUCAUAAACAAAGUAGUGGGAAUUCAAAUAAGAGAGACGAAGAAAUGCCCCUGUCACAAAAUUCAUCAUAUUCACCCAAAACACAAAAAUACAAUAGAUCUUUUCCUAGAUCCAUACAUUACCUCUUUAGGGAGCAAAGAUUGUUGUUUAUCUUAGUGGGUAUUUUAAUUGGUUCUACUUUCUUCAUUCUUCAACCCAUUUUAUCUGGAAUUGGUCCACAAGAUUCAAACUUCCCUAAAUCUAGUAGAUUUGGGGAAAAUGAUGUUGUUGCAUAUGACAGGCUUCAGAGUAAUUGGGUUGGUGGGAAAGUUGGAAGAAUACCAGCUGGGAUUGGAAGGCGGCGAAUGCGGAUUGUGGUUACUGGCGGUGCUGGAUUUGUCGGUAGUCAUUUGGUAGAUAAGCUAAUUGCAAGAGGAGAUGAUGUUAUUGUGAUUGAUAAUUUUUUUACAGGAAGGAAAGAAAAUGUGGUUCAUCAUUUUAAGAACCCUCGUUUUGAAUUAAUCCGUCAUGAUGUUGUUGAACCGAUUCUUCUUGAAGUAGAUCAGAUUUAUCACUUGGCUUGUCCUGCUUCUCCUGUUCAUUACAAAUAUAAUCCUGUCAAGACAAUCAUAUCCUCUCUUUUUUUCUGUUUGAUUGAUGAACUAUAA